AUGGAACACGUCCACAGCCAAUCUUCAUCAUCCAAGCAUCACACGGAACACGUCCACAGCCAAUCUUCAUCAUCCAAGCAUCACACGGAACACGUCCACAGCCAAUCUUCAUCAUCCAAGCAUCACACGGAACACGUCCACAGCCAAUCUUCAUCAUCCAAGCAUCACAUGGAACACGUCCACAGCCAAUCUUCAUCAUCCAAGCAUCACACGAAACACGUCCACAGCCAAUCUUCAUCAUCCAAGCAUCACACAAAACACGUCCACAGCCAAUCUUCAUCAUCCAAGCAUCACACGAAACACGUCCACAGCCAAUCUUCAUCAUCCAAGCAUCACACGGAACACGUCCACAGCCAAUCUUCAUCAUCCAAGCAUCACACGAAACACGUCCACAGCCAAUCUUCAUCAUCCAAGCAUCACACGGAACACGUCCACAGCCAAUCUUCAUCAUCCAAGCAUCACACGGAACACGUCCACAGCCAAUCUUCAUCAUCCAAGCAUCACACGGAACACGUCCACAGCCAAUCUUCAUCAUCCAAGCAUCACACGGAACACGUCCACAGCCAAUCUUCAUCAUCCAAGCAUCACACGGAACACGUCCACAGCCAAUCUUCAUCAUCCAAGCAUCACACGGAACACGUCCACAGCCAAUCUUCAUCAUCCAAGCAUCACACGGAACACGUCCACAGCCAAUCUUCAUCAUCCAAGCAUCACACGGAACACGUCCACAGCCAAUCUUCAUCAUCCAAGCAUCACACGGAACACGUCCACAGCCAAUCUUCAUCAUCCAAGCAUCACACGGAACACGUCCACAGCCAAUCUCAUUCCAUAAACCAGACUAAACAACCAGUUGCGCAGACAAAAAAAUAA